AGAGACAAAUUAAACCAUGACUUCUUCACCUAGCGUCUAGUUGUAUUGAUUUAAUAGAAUGUAUGAGUUAUUGUAAAUCUUCCAAUAUAUGAUUCUCACCAAUAAAAAAAAGUCAUGACUUCUUCAGUUAAGAGUUCAGAAGAGUACAAAGAAGUUUCUCAUGAUUUUGAAUUGGAGGAGGAAGAGGAAUUGUUUGAGAUUGAUCUUGAGGCAGUGAAUUGCAUUCCACCACCCCAUUUCUUGGAAAGUUGUUACUACACUUCCACAGGGAAUAUUGCCCUUUUGGCCAAUUGUUUGUUACCCAUAUCUGAUGUCUCUAAAGCUAUUCCUGCAGUGUCUUUUGAAGAGAGGACCAAUGUUGUGUUGAUUACAGAGCCCACAUCGUUGGGGGAGUAUCUUAGGCUACCCUUCUUGGGGACUCUUGGAGUUAUACACGAGAAAAUGGAAGCACAAUUUCAUUUCCAGUUUCAGCGUUAGUGAUGACUAAUUAAAAGUUGGAAAAUGCUUGAUUACACAAUUUUAUAGGCAGGAGAAACAUAGGAAAAUAUCUAAUUAGUUGCUUUUUUAGUACUUAUCCUUCCUUUUUUUUAAGAGAAACUGCAGUUUGUGCAAAUAACGUUCCUACUAUUAUAUGACAAGGUUUUAUCACGUUUACUAA